AUGCCGCAACUCACAAGUCCCAAUGAUGCACCCUCAGUGGCCCAUGUUCCCCAGACAUCCGGAUAUGUCCCGGAAUCUACAUUGAAAAGACCCGCCUCUAGUCCAAACGCUUCCGCCAAUGCUAAAAGAACUAAACUAGACUAUGCCACCCUUAUUGCGGACCUGGAAGCAGAGGUUGCCGAGUUGCGCGAUCAGCAAGCUCAAUUUCAGCAAGCCCUAACUUCCCGAAACCGGCUUCCGGACGCUGCAUCUUUGAUCGUCACUGUUGCUUCUGAUGAGACAGAUGCACCUGGUCGAGAACCGGAGCUGCAAUAUAAUACCGAAUCAGACCUAUAUGGCGCGACCCCUCCACCAAGAGAUAAGCCACAAACCAAUUCCUCUCAACAGCCGGCAACCUCUCAUCAGAAAGGAACCUUCCAACAAGACCCAACGGCCUCCACUAUGGUACUAUCGACUGUUAUGUUGUAUCGUGGAAUGCGAAUGCCAAUUUUCGUUCAAGAUCUUGCACGAGGACAGAAAUUCGAUCUUCCCAGCCAGCCCAAUGAGCAAUUUGAUUUGACAACGCUCCAGACACUACUUGGCGGGGAAGCCGCAUCCGAGGGCUUUUACACUAUUUCAGAGGCCUGUACAUCCCGGAGCUUUGCGGGGUUGCGAGCAUACAAGGCGCUGGAUACGAGUUAUGAUCCUCUACUUCCUCGCUACCCAGGUGAACACGGGGCACAGAUCAGUUGCAUUCCACGGGAUGAGCCAGCCUUAGCAAAGGAUUACUAUCCCUUUGCGCUGUUUAUUCGCAAACAGGGAGGCGGGUAUAGGUACUUUGGAAAUUACGACGAACCUUGCCAGGAUCUACUUGGUACGGACGAGAUGCUUCGUCUGCCGCAAGACUUGAAGUGGAACUGGGCUCACAAACUUGGUACAAGGUCUCGUGAAGAGUAUAAAUACAUGAAUGCUCUCGAAGAGCUAUUCUUUGUUCCUACUACAGCCACCAGAGACGGUUACAAAACCGAUAUUUCCGACAAUGAAGACAAACGAAAUAUUACAGCAGGCGCCGCAAUUAACCUCACUGCCAAAGCAAUUGCAGGCACUUUUGGGAGACAUGAUUCUGACCCGCUGCCUACUAUGUAUAUGUUCUACGAAUACCUACAAUUCGUAGAUUAUGAUAGCAAAUUCUAUGCUUUAUUAGUGGCUGAGAAGAAAAUGCUUGAGGGGGACACUGCCAUCUCCGCUGUUGGCUCUAUGUCUGGACGUUGA